CUACAGUCCGUCUUCUACAGUAAAGGAACUGACAGUUUCUUUGAAAAAGUUAUGUGUGAGUGAUUUUAAUUAUUGUUAUAGCACCUCAGAAUAUGAAGUACCUCACAGUGAGAAUGAGAAGACAGGUCCUUAAUUUGGGGACAUACUUGUCCUCAUGACUGAAGGACGGAAACGAGAUGGGAAAUAGGGAAGUGACUGAUCUCCGUUUUCCCAUAGUCUGGUAUCUACAAGUGCCUUGGGGAGGAUCUGCUGGCAAUUAAUAAUGGAGUUAAAGCCUUUGAAAUGGAGAUUAUACCUGCUAGCAAAAUUGUUGUACAGAUUGGAGAAAUGCUCGUACUCACAUGCAAUACUACUGGCUGUGCAUCACCAAGUUUUUCAUGGAGAACCCAAAUGGACCACCCUCUUGGAGGAACAGUGAACAACUACAGGACGUACUCUACCUUGACUAUGAAUCCAGUUAGUAUUGAGAAUUAUAAUGAUUAUCUGUGUACUGCCUUCUGCAAUGAAAAAGGGAAAAAGGAGAAGAGUAUCAAAGUUGAACUUUACUCUUUCCCCAGUGAUCCUGUCAUUGAGGUCAGCACAUCAUUAGUUGCCGGGGAACCAGCCACUGUCAUCUGUAAAAUUCCUGAUGUGUUUCCUUCUGAUCGCCUGGAAGUACUCUUAAUGAAAGAGGGACACACUCUUCAUGCAAAAGAUUUCUCUGAAGAUGACAGCAGAAAUAAAGAAACAAAAACUGUGACAUACUCAUUUAACCCCACAACUGAAGAUAUUGGGAAAGAGAUUACUUGUGUGGCCAAAUUGCCAAUUGCUAACAUGGACUUUGAGCCCAAAGAAAGAGUUACUUCUCUGAAACUGAAUGCAAACUUUGGCCCACAAAAUACUAUCAUUACUGUAUCUCCAAGCAACUUUACAGUGGAAGGCAACCCUCUAAAACUCACUUGUGUGACUGAGAGUAAUCCACCAGCACAAGUAGUUUGGAGCAAACAUCUGGCUGAUGGAAACAUUGAGCAUUUUAUAGAAAACAAUGUCCUUUCUAUUCCUCAUGCUCGUUUCACUGACUCAGGACUGUAUAUCUGUGAAGUAAUUAAUCUUGUAACUAAUAAAACAGAAAAAGCAACAGUUGACAUUUUUAUACAAGCGCCACCAAAAAAUACAACACUUUCAAUUUUCCCUUCAAGUGUGGUGAAGCAAGGAGAAAGUGUUACCAUCUCUUGCACAUCUGCAGAUGUUCCAGCUGUUCAGAUUACCCUGAGGAAGAAAAUAGGUGAUGUGAUCACAACCCUUGAAACAGAAGAUGGCAAAUACACCAUAGACAAGGCUCAACUAAAGGAUGCAGGAAUAUAUGAAUGCAUAUCCAUUAACAAACUUGGAAAUCAGUCUCAACACAUAGUACUUGAUGUCAAAGUUCCUCCUCAAAAUAUUACCGUGUUAGUAUAUCCAUCAGAAAAUGUUAAAGAAGGAGAAAAUGUCACUAUAACAUGUAGCACAUACAGUAACCCACCAUCACAGAUGGUCCUGAAAAAAGUUCACCAAGAGAGAGAAAUUAUUCUGCCAUCAGUGAAUGGAACCUUUACACUCUACAAUGUCACCAAAAACGAUACAGGCAAAUAUUUGCUUGAUGUUUUCAAUGAGGUUGGAAACAAUAUCAAAGUGAUAGAGAUAGCUGUUAUAGGAAAAAUGGAAAAAAGACAUCAAAUGAUGCCACUGAUUAUUGCAUUCUCUUGCACAACAGCAAUAGCGAUACCUGUGGUUGCAAUUUUGAUCUACAUGUCAAGAAAAGCGAAGAUAAAUGGAUCCUACAGUCUUGUUAAAGCACUGAGGCUGAAAGUGUGACUGUGUGAAUAUAAGUCUAAGUAGUUCAUAGUAAGCAAUGUUAUUUAUUGUUGUGACUGGCUCUACUCCUCUACAUUUGGUAACAAACAAGUGACUUAAGAACACUAUCGUGUGAUAGUAAAUGGAAAUUUUUUCAAGUCUUGUUAAGAAUUUCAGUAUUUAAAUGAAAGGGAAGGCCAGCAUCCUGUCCUAAGAAUAGAUAAUACACUUCCGUGUCGAAGCAGGCUGAACAGAGUUCCUUGGAGAACUAGGUUUGUACAUAGUGUAUAAAUUGUGUUAUAAAUAUGUUCAACUGGAUAUCAGUUUGUAAAAUUGCAGUCUCUGCAACUGUACAUAGAUUUUGUUAAUUCAGAAAUACAAAUCAGCAUUACUUGAGGUGAUCAGAUGAUAUUUUAUUUUGUAUUAUUCCACAGAGUGACUGUUUUUAAUAUAAUCUUUCUGCUUGUGAUAAUGUUUGGAAAAUGUUCUCUUUUCAUUUAUUUUACCAUAAACUCUGUACCUCCAAAGAAGUUACACAAUCACUGGGCUGUACACUUUCAAUUAUUUUAAAUUAAUUUACUAUCUGAAGACUUGUUCGUGAAAUAUUGUAUUUUAGUAAGUGAAUAUAUUAUUAUGAAUAUUAUUCAGAAAGUGGCUGGGAUUAUAUGUUAGUUUUAGGACAGCUAAGGUGUUUAUGUAGGAUUCAGUCAUUCACUAAUUAAUGGUAGUAUUCUGUUGUUUCCUGACGAACCAAAUCAGACCCUUUAUUUAGAGUAUAAGCUACCAUUAACUAUACAUUUACGGAUUUCCACUGCAAGAUAAUACUGUUGCUGGGUUUCUUUUAGAUUCCUCUAGUAAUUCUUGCUUAGUAUUAUGUCAGAAUACCUGCUUACCAUAUCCCCUUAAUAAGCUAAUAAAAUAAAUAAGCUAAUGCUUAUUUUUUGGAGAGCACAAUGGUUUAUACUUGGAAAUCAGCUGCUGAAAAUGUAGCUAAUUUCUAUCUGUGGACUUCAUUUGAUAUAUGCAAACUUAGAGAGAUCUUGGUGUAGGUUAGCGUUAUUGAGGGAAAACUUGUGCAGUUCUCAGGCACGUUCCUGUGGAAGGAACGAGUGAAAACUGCUGUCAUUAGCAAUAGCAGGUUGUGUCAGGGGAAGCUCUCUCUGUAAAGGCAUGAGCUACUCUGAGUGUAUGUAAGUGGGGAGAGGCAAAAUCUGUGCAACUUCAGCCACAGUGGUUGAGUUGGUUACUGGAACAAUACCCUUCCCAGGCUGCUCACUGUGGAAAAUCAGAUUACUUGCCUGACAGAUUUCCUUUCAAUAGACAACCUGUGCCUGUGUGUUUCACCCUGGCUAGUGCCCCUUGCCACCACGUGCUCUCUCCAGUGCUGGGAAAAUGGCUGUGAAAACAGUGGGCCUUCUGUGCACAGGCAAAGAUGAGAGGUGGAAUUUAAUGGUAUUCUCCCUUAUAUCUCUUCUCCUGGACAGCAGUGCUGCUUUGACUCAUUAGGUCAGUGAUAUUCAGCUCUAAAGGCAGUUGUGGGAGGUACAAAGCCAGGUUACGCAUGCAGGUGCUGAGGUAUUGGAGUGCAUUUAGGCCCAGCAGCCCUGGGGCACUGUGUCAGGCACAGGAUUGUGGGCCUGGCUCCUCCAAACAUACUCGCAUACACCAACUCUGACAGAUAUGUGAAAGGAAUUUCUUCAUAUUAUUUACCAUUCUUUAAAAAUGCUAACAGCUGCUACCAACAGCAGUACAAAUGCAGAUGUCUCUUGGGAGCUAGCUGCAGGGUGAGGUGGGGUACGGAUCUCUCAUGUCUUCUUCAUAACACGUUCUGCACUGUUUUGUGCACAGUAAAUCAGUUCAUGCAGGGUCCUAUGCUUAUUUACAGUUGGAAUGGGAGGUUUGGAAAGUGGGGGUGUAGCAGAAAAAUGGGAGAGCAGUGUGGACUUGGCUUGGAGGAAUGUGAGCGUGCAGUAGGAGGGCGAAGAAAAGAUUGAAGACAGAGGAGGAGGAGAGCUUUGACAGGCCCAUGACAUAAAUUUCUUGGAGGUGGUGCCAGGCAGAUUUAUUCAGAAUAAUGUCAGGCCUGUCUCUGUGCUGGCUUGUGAGCAAACCAGAAAGUAUAAUUUUUCAACUGUGUGAAACUUUAGUGCACACACAUUUUGUCUACUGAGCACAGUUCUGGCUUCUGUAUUGCAAUAAAGAUGUAGCACACGUAGAAGAUAAAAAGUAAAGAAACCAAAGUGAUUAAGAGGAUGGAGGACCGGGGGGGGGAGGGGGGGGAAGGAAACAUUAAAAUGUACGGGACUUUUCAGUUUGGAUAGGGAAUUCUGAAGGAGGAAGAGAUAUGACCGAAGUUUUCAAUAUUGUGAAGGUAGUUGAUGACAAACAACAGAUGCAGAACUGCUGGUGGCUAUAUCAUGCCAUGCCAGAACUGCAGGGCACUCAAGCAAGGGGUAGACCAGGUUAACACAAAUAAUAGAAGGUACUUCUCACAGCAAGGGGGAAAAAAAGUAGAAGCUGCUGCUCCAGGAGGAAGACAGUAUCAAUUGGCACUAAAGGGGAAAGAAAAAAAAUAAUGGACUAAAUGUCCAAAAGCAAAUAAUAAAGGGAAUAGGCAGAAAUUUUUCAGGGAAUACACUGCAGAAAGUGGCCAGGUCUGUAUACUGUCCCAGAACAGUCUCUCACUGCUGGAGAUGUACUGCCAUAGUGGUCACACCUGGUAAGGCAUUUCUUGCUUUCUUAGGCCUUUUCUGAAUGGGCUGUGGUCAGACUUGCUUGGAGAAGGGGCAUAGCGGUUUCUGUGCUGUUUUUCCCUCUUUGUAGUCCCUUAGAAGGAAUAAAAAGAUACCUCUGAGUAUCAUCUGAGUAAAAGAUGAAUGGGGGAGAAAUAAAGUCAUCUCACAACGGCACUUAGGUGCUUGUAUAUUUUUUCCUGGAAAUUCCCUUCAGGUUCACAGUAUAUACAAGCACCUAAGUGCUAUUGCAAGAUGACUUUUAUUUUUCCCCCAUUCAUCUUACCUCUUCCCUUGUGUCCUCUGAGCAAGAAUUUAUCCCAGAAAUGCUGUGGGGCAAUGCUAAAUGUCAAUGCUAUAAAUUUAAUGAGUAUAAAUUUUAGAAAGUGAUUAUAAAAUCUCACUCGCCACAACUAGUUUGAAACGUGUUCCUCCUUAAAAUGUAAAGCUCAAACAGAAGAAGUUUUUAACCUUUUAAAAACUUUUUUGAGAAUGCUUUCAAAUGAUUUUGUAGGUAUACUGAAAGGAACAGUUAAUAAAUCCCAUUACGGAAGUGCUAAUUCAGUUUGUCUGGCCUUUUAUGCCUUUCCUCUCACAAGAUAAUUGUAUCCUGUAAUUAAGCUGUCUCUCGUCUCUUUGAUAAACUAGAGCUGUUUGAGCUGUUUUAAGCCUACCUUUGUCUAUAAGGCCUUUUCUGCAGUACAUAAAUAAACCAUGUGUUCUUUUCUAAAUCCCUUCCAGUACUUCAAAGUAUGAUGUAAGGUCUCAACAAAAGACCUGUAUAUGAUGCUCCUGUACUGCUGCUGCUUUUCCAAGAGGUGAUUUUGUUUCUUUAUUCCUAAUGUUUGCAGCUCUGAUUACAUAAACAGCCUUUUUUACAUUAACUUUAUAUAUAUAUAUAUAUUUGUUGUUGUUAGAGAAUCACUGUGGAAACUUGUUCAAUUCCUUAUUCCCAUUACAGUUUCUCAAUCCUUUAUAGGAUAGAUUCCCUCAGAGGAGUUCUGAGGCACAAAUGCCUCGUAAGUCCAAAUACCUUAAAUACAAAUUUUCUGUUGUAGCCUACAUUCCAUAAAACCGUACUGACUGACACUAAUUAUGUUUCUAAUCCUUUAAUCCCUGUAUCAUCUUUUGUAUUAUUUAAAUCUUUGUCAUAACAACCAGUCUGAAUUUUACUGUAACCAUUCAGCUGACCAGUAAAAAAGCUGACACUUUUUGAACCUACGUGUAUAUUCAGUUUCAAAGCUGCUUUGCAUUUAAAAAAAAAAGAAAUGAGAGAAGCAGAUAUAUCAGGAAACUACCUCUCUUUUUUUGUUGUCUGUGUGCAGCCCAACUGUCUUUAAACAUCACAGUCUUUGAGGUCCAUAUGCUAUGUAUCCUGCCACCAGAGUGAUGAGGUUUUGCUAACAGAAAUAUCAAAAUGUUUGUAAAAAGAGUAAUGUGCUUUCCUGUUAGCUACCAGGCAUCUUAGUAAAAAUUUAUUGUUCUGAGUAACUGGGUAGCUACCAGGCAACAAAGCAGGGAAUCCGCUCUACAUCCCUCUGCCCUUUCCACCUGUGUAGUUCUUUUGAUGCUGCUGAAGUGCACAAAAUGGCCAAACUGAGAUACAGGGGUGUGAAGUCUUCUUUGCUAACUCUGUUCUUUGUUCCUCUUGGUGAGUCUGAUAUGUCUAUGAUUUGUUGUGAAUGAAACAAGGGGAACGGUUUUUUGGUUGGCUGAAAAUUUACGUGUGCAAGGACACCUUUUGCUUUUUGCAAAGUGAAGAAGUUCAGAUAUUUAAAUCCUAAGAUUUGUGCCAGGACUAACUGAAGAUUUACUAAAAAAUAAAUAAAUAGAAGAUGGGUCA